AGCAGAUGGUUGCAGCCUCCUCCCCCCUCACUUUUUCUUUCGCUCCUGUUUCCAUCUCCAUUUCCAUCCCCAACAUCUGCCAGCAUCAGGACUCAUCGAGGGCAAAGUGAAAACCCGCAGGAGCAGAAUCAGUUAAGGUAGGCUGUCUGCAGGUGGGAAACAAAGCGGCUCCUCCUGUCGGCUGGAUGUAAGCGGACCAUCAACCGAGGGGACAAGCCCAGUAAAGACCUGAUAUGGACCAAAAUAUUGGAGCAAGCGCGGGUCCUCUUUUUUGUCUUUAUUGUGUAUUAUGAGCAGGCGGCAGUGUGGAGGAGCUAGUCCUGCCCAGAAAGGAGGAGGAGUAGGAGCGACGCACAGAAGGGUGUCGACGGAGCGAGGCAAGGGCCGAGGAGAAGAGGAGAGGGGAGGAAAAAUAAUAGAGUAAUAUUACAAGCUUCUAAUAAUGGCGGCUAAAUCGGACGGGGUCCUGAAGAUGAAGAAGAGCGACGUGGCCUUCACCCCGCUGCAGAACUCGGAGCACUCCGGCUCGGUGCAGGGGCUCCACCCGGGCGCCCAGCCCGACUCUGCGGGCACCGGGGACGGGGACUUCGUCAACGGGGAGUCACGGUGCUGCGGCGGGGGAGGCUCCAACUCGACGUGCCUUCGCCUGGGCAGGGAGCAGCAGAAAUACACGGUGUGGGACUGCCUGUGGAUCGUAGCCGCAGUGGUCGUGUACCUGGCCGACGUGGGCACCGACGUGUGGCUAUCGGUCGACUACUACCUCCGCCGCGACUACUGGUGGUUCGGCCUGACGCUCUUCUUCGUGGUGCUCGGCUCCUUCUCGGUCCAGCUCUUUAGCUUCCGAUGGUUCGUGCACGAUUUCAGCACCGAGGACGGCGCCCAGUCCGCCGCCGAUUGCUCCCACAUGGACGGGAACAAGCUGCUGAGCGAUUCCGCCUCGCACGGCGACGUUACCGCUCAACACCACCCGGCCACGCCACAGAGACAGGCGUCGACCGCGAGCAAGAACACCACAACCAACAGCACCGCCAGCACCGCGGUGGGCAGCAGGACUAGGAAACGGUCGGCCUACUAUUCCUUCUGCGUCUGGUUCGGACAGUCCAUCAUCCACAUCCUCCAGCUGGGCCAGAUAUGGAGGUAUUUCCAUACCAUCUACCUGGGUGUGCGGAGUCGUCAGAGUGCUGAGACAGAGCGCUGGCGUUACUACUGGAGGAUGGUCUAUGAGUUUGCAGAUGUGAGCAUGCUGCACCUACUGGCCACCUUUCUGGAAAGUGCGCCACAACUGGUGCUGCAGCUGUGCAUCAUCAUACAGACACACAAGCUCCAGGCUGUGCAAGGUAUGACAGCAGCAGCCUCCCUUGUCUCUUUGGCCUGGGCCCUGGCCUCCUACCAGAAGGCCCUGCGAGAGUCCCGCGAUGACAAGAAGCCCAUCAGCUACCUGGCCGUCAUCAUACAGUUCUGCUGGCACUUCUUCACAAUUGCAGCAAGGGUCAUCACCUUCGCCCUGUUUGCCUCUGUGUUCCAACUCUACUUUGGCAUCUUCAUUGUCCUGCAUUGGUGCAUCAUGACCUUCUGGAUUGUCCACUGUGAGACAGACUUCUGCAUCAGCAAGUGGGAGGAGAUUGUGUUCGACAUGGUGGUGGGCAUUAUCUACAUCUUUUCCUGGUUCAACGUCAAGGAGGGACGGACAAGGUGUCGGCUUUUCAUCUAUUACCUAGUGAUCCUGGUGGAGAAUGCUGCUCUCAGUGCGUUGUGGUACCUCUACCGGUCUCCUCACACCACUGACGCCUUUGCAGUACCAGCACUCUGUGUCAUCUUCAGCAGUUUCCUUACUGGCGUGGUUUUCAUGCUUAUGUACUAUGCCUUUUUCCACCCCAACGGGCCUCGCUUUGGACGCUCGCCGAGUGGCCAGGGUCUUGACCUGGAUCCCACUGCUCAGUUCUCCACACUACCAUCAGAAGGUGCCACCAACUCACUGCGUUCCAACCGAGGUGCCACUGCAACCCUGGAGCGUGACAUGGGGAAGUAUUCCGAGCGAGACGGCUGCAUGCCGGUGUUUCAGGUCCGACCCACAGUGCCAUCCACGCCAUCGUCUCGUGCUCCACGCAUUGAAGAGACCGUCAUCAAGAUCGACCUUUGCAGGAACCGCUACCCAGCGUGGGAGCGCCAUGUCCUCGACCGCAGUAUACGCAAGGCAAUCCUGGCCAUAGACUGCUCCCUGACUCCUCCACGGCUGCAGUACAAAGAUGACGCUCUGGUGCAGGAGAGGUUGGAAUAUGAGACAACCUUAUAGUUCUAGCCUGCUCUUAGAACCCAUACAGGGUGCAGUCGUGGGAGGAUUAUCCUGCUAUCACAUAAACAGCAGAAAACAGCAAACAGGGACUGUGGCAAUAAGAAUAGUUCCUCUUUUUCUUUUUCUGUUUUUCGGCAUCAGUGCCCAGUUGGUAGUGAUCGGAGGAGCCAUUUGACACAAGUGCAGUAGAUGUCACUGGACGUGUAGGGUUGUUGCUGUUAUUUUUACUUCCUAUCAUCAGGGAAAUCCUGUGUGGUACAAACAAAAUGCAAAAGUCAUCAGAUACUCCAGUUUAACCUAAGUGACACCUCUAACGUGAUGAGGAAAGGAAAUGACCCCUCAUUCAGCAACAGUAGAAACUUCAAGCUGUCAUAUUUGUCUUAAUGUGUUUGGAAGUGUGUUAACUGUUUGGAAGUUCUGAUGAUGUGAUCCCAUAACAGCCACAACUGGGAAGGUACUUCCAUCAGUAUCUACAUGAUAACACUCAUCGCUCCUGUUCUCUUUGUGCCAAAAAGGUUCCUUGGAUACAUCCUCUAGCUUCUGAGGAGUCGAAACACCUUAGAGAUGGCUUGGUAGUCCAAAAAGUUCUUCUUUUCUCUUCUGGCUUAGUCAUUCAAUUGCUCUUGGAUAAUUCUGGUGUACACUGCAAGAAGGUCAGACAGAAAGGGAACUAUACAAAGACAGUGGUCAAAGUAGCAUCUAUGCUCAUUGUGUUUUGUUUGGAUGCAAUCAACCAAACCUGGCUGUAAGGAUGAAUAGGGAGCAAGACAGGGUGAAAGCUGGACACCAGCUCCACAACCUUUCUACCCAUAAGGAAAAAAGUCAAACUCACACAAUGCCAAGAAAAAAUCUUCCUGGCAGCUCAACUCAACUAUUUGCAGUCCAGCCUCAUAAACCUGACUGUGUAGUGAUACUGAUCUUUGCUUAUUCUGGAGGAGAAUGUGAAAGAAACGAGCAAAGCACCAGACAGCAAUGAAAAGCAGAGGACAGGAGAGGACGGCGCAGGGAAUGGAAUAGGGGAUGGAGAAAAAGAGUAAAGGUAGACAAGCAGCCAUCUCAGCCAAACUAAACUAACCACCAGGAUGUACAGUACUCUGAUACAACAUGCAGCAUUUUUUACUUUAGAGAUGAUGUAGAGGGUACUGAAGUCAUUGUAAUUCUGUGUUUUCUGUGGUUAUGUGUGUGUGUAUUGGUAAUAGGUGAUGCCUGAUUCGGUUCUGUGCUGUCAUCGAUCAGUGAAAGUACACCUUGACAUUUUGAUUUUUGAGUGCUUGUUCUCUGAUAAACACACCUUCUGGUGUUUUUGUCCUCCAGCUAACUCAGCAACAGCUUUUAACAUUGUUGCACCACACAACACACGUUAGUUGGCACCAUGCUGGCUUCAAUUAGAUGAUUUUUUAAAACUAAAGUGCCACAAUGAAACCUUGAUCGAGGACUGUCAUACCACAUAUCAUGGUUUGGAAAGGGUGACUGAUGAAAUACAAAUUUUCAGUGAGUGGCUUCUAAUGCAGUUAAACAAAAAAAAAAAUAGCAAUUGCAGGUAUGGGUAACAGAUGUGGAUCCCUUUCAGUGAUAUUCUGAUACUGAUAUUGGAAAUUCCUCUGAUACUCCCUAAAAUGUGGUAUUGGUGAGUACGCGUCUGUGCACCGAUCCGAUACCACAAAAUGUAUUCGCCCCAACACAGGACCAUGUUACCUCACAGCAGUGUCCGUUUUUUCCUAGGAUAGUAAAGUCAUGACAGGCUCAGUAGUGUAUGUUUGUUAAAAAAUAAUAAUAUACUGUAUCUAUUUUUUAACACACAUUUAUCAGACACGUACUUGGUAUCAACAGAUAACCAAAGUUCAGGUUUCAAUCAGUAUUUGGAAGUGAAAAAUGGGAUCAGAACAUCUUUAGUCCCUUUCAUUAAACCCAAUACCAGCCUUAUAAAAUCAAGGAUGGCAGAAUGUUUCUUCCUCACUCUCAGAUGGGAGCGGCUUGGCAGCAGCAAAGUCAGUGCUGUGAGGAUACUUAUCCUGGAGUGUUCCUGUACCAGCAUUCACCAGAAGAAUUUGCCUUGUUAGUUAAUGUGACAAAGGGAAAGAAAUAAAAAGAAAUAAGGGGAAUAGGGAUCAGAGUGAGGUGGAUUUCAGCUGUGGCUCUGACCGAAAACCUAAUGACAACGAUCUACUUUGAUAGCUUGUCUCUCAGUCACAGCACUGCACUAGUUUGCUCACCAGUCUCGGUUUUCUUUUUAUUAUUAUUUCUCCCACUUUCACACUGGAUGUCAGUGUCCAAUGAUAAAUAUCAAACAGUAAAAGACAGCCAGCAAAUGGGUUACAAUGAUUCAUGACUAUGAACAUCACCUGGACUAGCCCUGGACCGGCUCAGUUGAGUUCAGCCGGAUUAGUUGUCACGUUCUAAUCAUAUUUAGAAUGGGUUAACCAAUUGUAGCAUGUGUUCCCACCAUUAGAAGUCACUAAGAGGAUUGCCUGUCAUCCAGUUAGUUUUCAACAUUCUUCCUUUAAUGUUCAUAAAGUGCAUAAACGCCUGGGUGUCCAGGUUCCACCAGAUCAAAAUGAGCAGUGUGGUAUGGAGGUCCUUGAUCAGAGCCAGAUAGUACCUGAUGAUGAAAUAGGAUUAAGGGUCUAAAGCUCUUAAACAACACAUCAUAAAUAACAUACUGACAAUUUAGUGAUUCUCAGAGCCGACCAGUGCUAAAAAUGGAAGGUUUGUCCUAAUGGUGGUGUGGGAGGAAAGAAAUGUUAGUCAAAGCACAUUUUUAACUGAAUGGUGGAAUUAAAGCAAGAGUCAGGGUGUUGCCAAAGUCAUGUUCAAGGGUCCAUGAAUACCCGUACCAGAUGUUGUUAAGAUACCUGCCUUCUGAUUCCAGUAUCAGUCACAGUGUUGCUUUAAAGGUUAUAUAUAUGAAAUGCACUUGCCACUAGAUGUUGCAUUAGGGCACCAGCAUCUCAGACCAAAACAAUAGGCACAACAGCCAACCAGACUCUAUGGCGAAACAAGUCAUUUUACCUAGCAGAUAAUCACAAAGACACUUCAAACUGGACAGAAACUAAAUUAAACUCACCAAAAAGUGUUAGUCUUUCCAACAAUAACCAACGCUGGUUGGUUUAAAAUAAACAAUUAAUAGACACAGUUAUAUGAGAAAACGCUGCAAAAGAGGCUGCCAUGUAAUGUUAGUUAAUCCUUCUCCUUGGCGACAACGACAGCGGUCAAAGUAUGAACAGAAAAGUUCUUGUUUUUGCUGCUGACAGACUCAUAUUGUUAUUCUAAGGGUCUGACAACAUUAUGGAAAGGAUCCUUUUGUCUAACCAAAAACAGUCAUAAUAUUGCUGUUGCUCACUGCCAGACUCCAUAGACAAACUGGUCAUUUUACCUCACAUAUCAUCAUAACUUUAUUCAGUCUCAGUUUGUUUUUCCACUGUUCCAACAAUCACCAACUCUGGUUUGCAGGAAAUAAAUCCUAAAUUCACCAACGUAGGGACUCUCAUGCAUUAACAGACAGGUGUGCCUGUUGUAAACAAACCACAGAGAGGCUGCGAUAACAACAAAGGCAGAGGGAGUGUGACCUCUCUUUCUGCUCAGGCCCCAAUGACUUCACUAUAUCUUUACAUAGCUAAUAGUUGUUUGCUGCUAUAUUCAUGUUCUAAAUAUCAUAUAUAUAACCUUUAACAUACUGUCCAUGUAUAAAAACCAAACCCUCAAACAUUGCAGUACAAAGGCACGACUAGACGGAGAGCUUCACCAUCUAUGCUACACUCCCAUCCCAGUUUGGCUUCAAGGAAUGCUGGGAAGCCAGAGGCGAUGACAUCACUACAUACUGUAGAUGAGCAGUGAAAUACACCAUGUUCAGGAAUUCCAGCUCUCUCAUUUACAGCUCAGUGUCAGUGCUAUUUAGAUACUAACAGUGUUUAUUUUAAAAUGCAGUUUAAAAUGAUAUCUGCACAAAAGAAAGUUCCAGGUCAUCUUUCUUGAUCUAUCACAAGUACACUGUCUUUUUUUAAUUUAUUUUUUCAUUUUAUUUUUUUAGGAUGGCAAGAGGAGAGAAAAGCACAAAACAGGUCAAUGGGAUAAUCAUGGCAUGAGACUUUGAACCUGUUCACCCUGCUUAACCAAACCAGCCCUAGGUGUACCAAGCUGUUCUGACCCCAACUGGUCUCAUCAUUAUGUGUAUGACAUCCGAAUUUUGUUGCAGGUCAUUACAGUCCAGAACAAAAGUAAAUUGAUCACUAUUUUGGUUACAAAUAUCUAGCACUAAACGGAGUGAGUAGCCCAAUAUACACAGACCACACAGAGAACCGGGAGCCUGUGUUUCCAUGAUUCACUGUCCUGACACAUAUCUGCAUAUUCCAGCUUUUGUGGUUCUCCCAUGAGAUAUGCUGGCAUAUGUUAGUUUUUAUAAUAACUGUGUUUUGUUGGUUGUAAAAAGUCAAAAAUGUAAUACUGGUGUAUCUUGAAUGAUUCAGACAUAUUUCUGUGCUUAUGAACAGAACUGCUGUGUUCUGUCAGAGACAGACUUUAAAAAACCAUAACAGCAGUUUUGCGUGUUUUAGUCACAUCAUGUUUACUUUACUUCACUGCCUAUCAUUGUGCAAAGCAGAAAUUUGAAUGCACUUUUUCUACUGUUCCAAAAUGUAUGUUUUUCCUCCAGUGAUGGCCAAAAUCCACCGGGCCACCUAGAACAGCAGACAAUACUAGAGAAUCCACCAGAAGCGUCUCUCUGCUCUGCUAUGCGGAGAGUACUAUUUUUCUAUUUUUGGAACGACAUAGAGAAUCCAGUCAAAUUUCAAAAUAAAAUACCCUGUGCACUCCUGACAGAUUUUCAUGCUACAUUAAAACAUUAUAAAAUUAAAACGAUACACACAAUUGAAACAGACAAGCCUACUUAUCCAUAAGCACUACUAUCUAGGAAGAAGGACAAAAUAAGCAAGUCGACAAUGUCGGGGAAAGCAAGACGAUCAGAAGACACUUCUGAAAUUUGAAGACUUGCAUCUAUAUUGAUUAUGGUCAAAGUCAUAUAACGUACAAAAUCAAAAGGGAAACCAAAAAUAUAAAGUGUACAUGACGUGUAUUUAGAGAACAAAUUUGCAAAUGCAGUACUAUGAUUCUUUAAAUGUGUCACAUGGUUUUUAUUAGUUUAAAGAUGGCUACUUUUAUUUUCAUUUCAAGUGUCAUAUUCUUGAGAGUGGCUCAUUGAAGUUUGUAUAGUUUUGUAGGCUUCUUUAUUUGCCUUCCUGCCGCCACACUACUGUGUUUGCGAGUGUGUGUUCUGAUCAGUAUGUGUAGUGUUUUUUGGUUUAUAGCUGCCUUAGCUCUUCUGAAAUGUACUUGCCUCGUACUUAAUUUUAUCUUCCAGAUCAAAAUCUGUCUACAGGACUUAGGGAGUAGCCUACUAGUGAAUAUGAGCUAGUAAAAGGAAUUUAAAGGAAGCGAGCUUACCAGACCUCUGUAGCUGCUCUUCAUCUCCGCUGCAGGCUAAACGGGUCUGAUUGCACUCUUAUGUUUGGCUCAUGGUUUACAAGAAUUACAUUUUUUCUUCUUCUGUACUUUGCAUUCUUUUUGGCCAAAAGUUUGUGGUGUCAGCAAACACACAUUACUUGUUUUAAUGUAAUACUCAGCUGUUUCAUCAAAGUCACUAAUGGUCGAAUGAAUUGAAGAAUCUGGCUUGAGUUCAAUUGUACUUCUGUGCAGCCACUGAUUUAACAGUCCCUCCAGGAAGUUGCAAUCACAACAAUUAACGCAAACUCAAUCAGUUCCCAUGAAUUCUGCACAACCUUGCAAUUUUUUCUGAUCACUGCAAUUUUUCCACAAAUUUGACCAAUCAUUAUAGUUUCCUGCGAGUUUCACUAAUCAUAUUUUGUUGAGCCAUAUGCCACCAAACUCACGUCCUUAUAUCUUCCACCAGUUUUGAGUGGAACCAUUAUAAUUGGAUGCAUCAUCAGCAGAAAUUGACCUGUAGAAUAUGACACGCCCACUUUGGUUCUCAAGGAAAACCUGCUGUCUUUUGGUUCCAGUUAGGAACGAACUUACCAAACCAAUUUAUUUUUGUUCGAAAUGCUCCAAACUAUUAAAAAGUUGGUUCAUUAACUAGAAUAAAGCUGGUUCCCUGUUGGUGGAAAAGACCUAUCAAAGGACAGUACAGCAAUUAGCAAAGUUAUUGGGGAAAAAAUGUGGUCAGUAGUUACUGGGUGAUCCUGUGAACCAAUGAUCUAUGUGGUCGUCCCUGUCAUGUGCGACAGAAAUGUCCCACCACUACUGCAAUCAGACUCUGCUGGAGGCUCCAGGCUACAUUAGCAACAUUUCCGACCGAAACUGUUGGUGGUCAAAUUGCAUUGUGGGUAACAUAGAUACCAGUUGUUGUUUUUUUUCUUACUGUCUAAGUAAAAGAAGCACAGGUUUCAGGAUGGCACAAUACUGUUAGACUUAGAGCUUGGCACGCACUGUACAUGGCUGCAUUUAGAUAGCACUGCAGGAACUCACACACCAAUUCUUCUGAGCAGGAAGCCAUCAAACCAAAUCCACACCUAAAAGAACUCUUCAGUCUUAAUUAAUUAUGGGAUUAUUCAGUUAAUUUUGGCAUGACAGGCUUAUAUGCUGUAGAUGAUUCAAUAGACAUCUGAAAGUAUUGUAGGUAUCACACUGGACAGACCUUUCUUUGGCAGCAGCUCAAUAUUAAUGGGCUAAUUCACCAGCAGAGGUCCUCAGUGGGUUCAUCUGCCAACUUCUCUUCAUCUGCUCACUGAAAGCAUUUCCAAUAUUUUGUACAGGAGUUCACUGAAGCUCUUUGCUGCUGAAAGGAAACAAUAAGUGGACACUGAAGGUUGAAGCAAAUUUCGUUUCUGUAGCCCACUCUCAGUCAACGCAGCCUUAUUUUACUUUACUUUACUAAAUCAUCUUAUGUGCAUUUAUUUGCAGUGUCUCCCAAAUCCAGUGUAGCCUUUGUUUACUGAUCACCAACUCAUGAACUGACAUAUAACAGAUAUAUAUGAUGUGUACUGAUAUAUACUGAACAUAAAGCUACCUCAGUUUGUUAAAUGGACAGAAUACCCUCCACCUCCUCCUUGGCAAUACUCUUUGUUCUGACACAUUGGACGCUUUAGACUCAGCUCCCUGCUUCUGUAAGGGACUCAAUUAGUCUGAAAAAUAUAGUGUUUCCUGAAAUUAAGCUGAAAUCCUGUUAACAACUGAUAUUCUGUGUAUUUCAAAGUACAACAUAACACAUAAUGAUAAUGAAAGUGAAUGUGAAAUGGACUGUUCAUUUUUAAAAUCUGCAGAAAAUGUGCCAAACUGUAAUUGCAUUUUUUUAAUACUUGAAUUUGAAUUAUGUACUGGAUUCCCAGGCUAUUUCCAUCCUGUUAAAUUGGCUUAAAUAAUUCAACUCAUUUUCAUUUCGGCAGUAACUUUCAAACCUCUCACUGAAUAUGUCGUACAUCCAUGGCAGCACUGGACUCCCAUGCACAGUUAAUGCAUGUGGCCCCUGGAUUAAGUAUUUUCUCAGUAAAGUUUACAGGAGGAAUCUGUUAUGCCAUGUUUAUUCCAAGCAAUGAUCUGUUUAAUCUCACCGUUAACACAAAAAAAUGAGGUGCUUUCAUAUAAAAAGGGAAAUCCUCCAUUAAUGUUCCAUAGGUGCUCAAGUUCUCUCACAUCUGAUUGGUGGUGGGUAUCCUGCUCACUGGAAGUGUAUCAUAAAUAGGACAUGACACAUCAACAGACCCCCCCCCCCCCCACACACACACACACACACACACAUACACCCACACACACACUGCUCAUAGCUCUUAAAAGCUGCUUUCUAUGUUUUGUUUGCCUUAAAGAGAAUAUAUUUCUAUUUUUGUCUUUAUUUUGACCUCAUAACCCAGGACAUUGUUUAAGGCUGUACUGAAAGCACAGCCUGGUUUUCUGGUUAGCCCGGUACAUGUGUGUGUGUGUGUGUGUGUGUGAGAGAGAGAGUGUGUAUGUGAGUGUAUUGGAUGGGGGGUGGGGGGUUGUGUGCGUGUACUUUAUAUACUAUUCAUCAUAGCAUAUUGUGUCAACAGCAGUUACUGUGCUUAUACUAGGACAGAGUCAAUGUCAGAGCUUCCAGUCUGAACACCUCUCAGAUGAAAAACCUUGUGUCCAGCUGUAGGACACUGCUGAUUCUCUUUGGUCAUAACUCAACAUUCGUUGUGAAAGCACUGUAAAGAAAAGAACAAGCGAUGUAGAGGAUCACAACACUCAGAAAAUACUAUUUCCCAUUACCUUUGAUGCUCACUAACUGUGGGGAAAACUCUUCAGUCUCCUGUCCUCUUCCUCAGCUCGCUGCACAUCUUCCUGUUGUUAUAAAUGAGAAUACAAACUAAGCUGUUAGUCUAUGAAUAAGACAGUCAAAGUGAAGGUUAUUCACAAAUUCCUGAUUAUCUCAAUUAAUUGUUUUUUAAUCACUAUACUGAAAUUCCCCUGGUGCCUCCAUGUUCAAAUGGGCCCUGACUAAGGUUCACCGUAAAUGCAUCAAAAACGCCCCCAUAGACACAUUAUGAAUAGGUGGUGAGAAGCCAGUGAUGAAUCAGGUUCUUAUUGCUACACUGCUACUGGUCAGUGGAGUUGCCCAUAUGAAGGAGGGUGGGGGGUGAAAUCAUGAGGUAUGAUAUCAGUCCCUCCAACAACAACGCAAAUUCAACCAGUCUUUGUGCAUUACCUUGCAUUUUUUUGUCCAGUGCCAUUUUAUUCUCACUGUAACAAGUUGCCUUUGCUUUUUUGAAAAGCUGGCAUUAGUCAAUCAAGUCUGCAACAGUCCCCAAAAAAGCUUGCUAAAUCCUGGAGGGAGUGAACCAAGGCGGUCCAGAAAGUGAGUUGGGUUAAGCAUCCCAUCUGCUACCAACAGCUGGUUUUUGACCACCAGUGUGACAGAUGGGGCACCAAUUCUUUGCAAAAAAUGCAUUUCAGCAGUCUAAGACAAUCUUCCCCCAACCUUAGCCAAAGUUACAUAAACCUAAAAAACAUGUAGACAGAUCGGAAAACCUUCUUCUGGAAGGUAUGAGGACUUCUUGGAAGAGACACGUGGCUGUCUAUAACAAUUCCACAGUCACACUGCUUCAUUGAUAGAGCCAGCCCACAGCAGUUAUCUGUUGUGUCUUCAUGCCCUCUGUAGCUCUCUGAGACAUGAUCAGGCUCUCAGGCUGCCUCUGUUCACCAGCUGUAAUGGAUCCAAGCUCUGCUGUAGAUGUCUGCACAUACCAGCCAUUCACAACAGAGAGGUGGCCCUUUUAACUCUUAGCUUCCGUCUGUCCAAUCAGAGAAAAUGUCUUUAGUCUGGAAUGGCCAGGCCGAGAUGUGUGCGGCAGCAACAGUUCUAGUACAAGCACAGUAACCAGCAGGUGCAUAAUGAUAGGACUCCAGUCACACUUGUAUAAUCAUUCUGUACAGAUGUCUGUUUAGGGAGCUGGUUGAACAAGGAGUACCACAGAUCAACUUAAAAAGCUUAUCUGUAAAUAAUUGUAUGCGAAGUGUACACGUUAAAAAAGAACAUUCCUCUUUUCUUUUUCUGAGUUCUGACUGUGAAGGGUGUCUUUAGAGGUUUCAUGCCACCACAGUGGCUGUAACUAUGACAAUAUACUACAGAGAAAAAAAUGAACGAUAAAUGUGGUGUAUGUGGUGUAUUUUAAAAAAAAGAUACAAACAUUCAAGACAAAAAAAUAUUGGUAUUUUCAGUAAGUUGCAUUGUGUGAUGAAAGUCUGAAGUGCUAAAAAUGCGUUAAAUGGGGAAUAAGUACAUUUUAUUGUAAAAAUAAAUCAAGAGUGAUGAAAAUUAUCAAAAUGACAUUUUUGUAUAUAUGGGAUUUUUGUAAAUUUUUAUUUGAAUCUAAUGCAACACAAACUACCAAAAUUCAUUUAAUAAAGUACACUGUGGUCAUUUU